CAAUUCCUUUCAAUGAAUGUCUUCUUUUGAACGAAUUUGUUCCGGAGUUUGUUUGAUUUUGUCUUUGAAAGCAACGUGCCACCGGGCACGAAGAAAUAACAUUUUAUUAAAUCAAUUAAUACAAAAUGAAUAAACGAGAAGAUGCCUUGUUAGAGGCAAUGCAAAAGAAUGCUGAGGAAACAGAUCGCUGGAAAAACUAUUUGAACGAAAAUGAGACAGCCAAAGAAAAUCUGUCAAUUUUUCAAAAACGUUACACAGUUGAGGUGAUGGUGCCUGUGGGCAAGAAAGCCUUGAUGCCAGGACAACUGAUUCAUACCAAUGAGGUGUUGGUUGGCCACUAUCAGGGAUACUUUUCUAAAUGUUCAGCCCAUACGGCAGCACAGAUUUGUGAUUUACGCAUUAAAACCGCAAAGGAGCACCUAAAGAAACUGGAAACCGAAUUGGAAAUGUGGCAAAACAAAUUAGAAAAGCCGUAUGCCGAAGGUGUUGUGCCAAGUGGUGAGGAACGUGAAAUUAUAGAAGACUUCGAUGAGGAAAAAGAAAAACUAUGGAAGGAACAACACAAAAUUAGAGUAAAGGAAGCUAAGCAACAAGAAAAACUUGAACGUGAAAAAGAACUGGCCGCACAGGAACAGAAGUCGCAAGAAAACAAUGCUAAAGAAAAGACUGAUGAGGAAAUAUUUAAAAUGUUAGAAGAAGCUGAAAUCAUGGAAGAGUUGGAACAGGAAUUAGAAAACCUAGAAGUUGAUGAGGUUAAUGAUGAAACUAUAAGAAAGCUAAUGUCGGGAGAGAUGUAUUUGCCACCGGAAAAGAAAAGAGUUGCCCAUGAUGUUGUCAAGAAAGAUGAGGCGGAGAAAAAGGAAGAUAAGGAUAAGGCGAAUGAAAACAUUGGAACAUCGCUUCAAACAAAUAUUGUUAAGAAAACAUCGCUGCAGGGAAGUAAGGUAAUGGCAACUAAUAACAAUGUUGUUGCCAAUCCAGAAAUCAGCAUAGAACAAAACAGCGAUAACGAUGAAGAACCUUUGCCGGAGGAGGUAAGAAUUAUCAAAGAACAGGCCAAAUUUCUCAACAAUGAAGAUCAAAUUGGUUUCUAUGAGUAUCAAAUAGAAAUCAUACGCCAGAAAAUAAGAUCGAUGUCAUUGCGCACCGAGGAAGAUAUGAAUGAAAAGGUUCGCCUGUUAACCGUUUUGGAUCAUAUGGAAGAGUUACUGGAUUUUGCUGAAACAGCAGCGGGAAAUGAAGAGUUAGAAAUGGCUGAAAAACAUGAAGAGGAAUCUGAAAAGGAUACCAAGAAGGAAGAAGAAGCAAUUGAUAAGGAAAAUAAAAGUACACAAAAACGUAAGAUAUCCUUUGCCGCGGAAGAUCAAACUUUGGAAUUUUGUAAAAAUGAAGCUGUUACACAAAUGUUACCUAAAAGAGAUGUUAUUAAAUUGGAUGAUGACAUUAUGCCUAAGACAAAAGAAAACGAAGUUAUUCCUACUGCACCCCCACCUGAUAAAAGGGAUGUUAUAAAAGCAAGGGUUGAACAAAAUUUCCAAUUUGCUUCGGAAACACAAAGUAAACAUGAUUUCGAUUUGGUUAAUAAAAUAUUGGAAACUUCUAUGGGUAAAAUCAAUACGCUGCAUAUUAAAUUUAAACAUUCCCCUCCUCAGAAUGCUACAACAUCCAAUUCGGCAAGUGAAAUUGCCCUAGACAAUAGAGAUUGUGAAAUACCUUUUACUCCAGCAGAUUUUUAUGAUUUAUAUCUAAAGUCAAUUGAGGGUGAUAAAGAAGAACAGCCGUCAACGUUGUUCAUCAACAGUUAUGAGGGUGAGGAUCAGGUGAAAAUUCCAGUUUUGAAAGAAUCUGAUCGUCAGCAGGCAUAUAAAGACCCCAAGGCAGAGUUUUCGAAUCCAAAAUCAAUAUUAAGAAAUAAAUCCUCUGUGGACAAAGAAAAUCUAAGCAAUAUUCCUGAAACUGAGCAGACGGACAAGAAAAAGAAGCCCAAAAAGAAGCGGACUCCAAAAGAGGAAGAAGAGUUGUUGUGUGCCUAUUACAAGGUUAUGAACGAUGUUGUGGAAAAACCAAUAUCCGAACCUGAACCAUUGCCUGAGUGCAAAUAUGUUGAUGCCCACGCUCCCAAACGUAGAAUAAGUCGUUUUAAACAAAUGCGUCAGGGGACAGAAAAAACCUAAAUACCUGCUUAUCCCAAACAAAUUUUGUUUUCAAAAAACAAAAGUGUCGAUACAAAAACAAUUAAUAUAACAUCUCUACUAUAAUUUAUUAUUAAUAUUUAUAAUUUUUAGUGAAUAAAUUGAAAACUGAAAAAUA